CCACAGAUACAACAUACUCAGGGGAAAUUGGUACCAAGAAAAAGGUGAAAAGACUAUUAAGCUUUCAAAGAUACUUCCAUGCAUCAAGGUUGCUUCGUGGAAUUAUACCACAAGCCUCUCUCCACCUGCUGGAUGAAGACUACCUUGGACAAGCAAGGCAUAUGCUCUCCAAAGUGGGAAUGUGGGAUUUUGACAUUUUCUUGUUUGAUCGCUUGACAAAUGGAAAUAGCCUGGUAACACUGCUGUGCCACCUCUUCAACACCCAUGGACUCAUUCACCAUUUCAAGUUAGAUAUGGUGACCUUACACAGGUUUUUAGUCAUGGUUCAAGAAGAUUACCACAGCCAAAACCCAUAUCACAAUGCUGUUCACGCGGCUGAUGUCACCCAGGCCAUGCAUUGCUACCUGAAGGAGCCAAAGCUCGCCAGCUUCCUCACACCUCUGGACAUCAUGCUUGGACUGCUGGCUGCAGCAGCACACGAUGUUGACCACCCAGGGGUGAACCAGCCAUUUUUGAUCAAAACUAACCACCACCUUGCCAAUCUUUAUCAGAAUAUGUCUGUGCUAGAGAAUCACCACUGGCGGUCUACAAUUGGCAUGCUUCGAGAAUCAAGGCUUCUUGCUCACUUGCCAACGGAAAUGACACAGGAUAUUGAGCAGCAGCUGGGCUCCUUGAUCUUGGCAACAGACAUCAACAGGCAGAAUGAAUUUUUGACCAGAUUGAAAGCUCACCUCCACAAUAAAGAUUUAAGACUGGAGGACGUACACGACAGGCACUUUAUGCUUCAGAUUGCCUUGAAGUGUGCUGACAUUUGCAAUCCUUGUAGAAUCUGGGAGAUGAGCAAGCAGUGGAGUGAAAGAGUCUGCGAAGAGUUCUACAGGCAAGGUGACCUUGAACAGAAAUUUGAACUGGAAAUCAGUCCUCUUUGUAAUCAGCAGAAAGACUCAAUCCCUAGUAUACAAAUUGGUUUCAUGACCUACAUAGUGGAGCCACUCUUCCGGGAAUGGGCCCGCUUCACCGGAAACAGCACCCUGUCCGAGAACAUGCUAAGCCACCUCGCACACAACAAAGCCCAGUGGAAGAGCCUGUUGCCUAAACAGCACAGAAGCAGCAGUGGUGGCAGUGGCAGUGGCAGCCCAGACCACACAGACCACGGGACUGAGAAUGAGGAGCAGACUGUGACGGAAGACGUCGCCCCGUAGAGCCAGCCAGGCCUGCCCCCUGCUCUGCACACUGAGAGGAUGAGAACCUCCUUGAGCAGAGGCCUCCCGAGAGGGUAGAAGCUCUGAGAGGUUCUUGCUGAUAAACCCAGGCACUGUCUGGUUUUAACUUGGGGCUCUUUGGAAUACCAUCUUCCUCCUACUUACCUGCCUUCCCUCCUUUUUCCAAGUGUACAGAAGCCAUUCGUCACCUCGGCAUUAGCUGCCAAAAUGAGCAACUCCAUUCAGCACCAUGGGAGCCGAUUCCAGGGGCAGGCCUGCCCCUCUAGGAGAGAACACUGGAAGUAAGAAAGAGGUGCUUCUGCCAUGUCCCCCAAGGGCACUGGGUCACAUCGUGACAGGCAGCAGUUCCUACAUCCAGAGCAUUCUAGCAUUUGCCAUCUGUCUGCUGAUCUGCAUGACAAAAACACCAGCAUAUUUGGAACUCCAAGGAUACUGGUCUUUCGUGCAAGAGCACAAAUGAGAACGUGAGAGAAAGUACUUUCUAUUUUAAUAAUAAUUAUUAUAAAAUAAUAAUAAAUCUUUUUAACUUUUAUAUUUUAUGCACUAGACAAUGGAUCUAAAACUUUGGACUAAGAUUACUCAGUGUACCCAAACUUGGACCGGGGGUUCAUUGUUUUGUUACUGACUUCAUGCCACUUUGGGUCAAGAUUUGGCAUCUUCUCAAUUUAAGAAACCACGUUUCCUAUCCGAUCCAAGGGGAAGGUGCUGUACAGCUCAUUCCUUUGCACCAUUAGCCAAUCUGUCUUUUAUCAAUUACUCAUUUUCAGUGACAUGUUUAUAUUCACACAUGUACAUUGUCUGUAAAUACCAAGCGCUACUGAUUCCCAUGCCAAAAUACAUGAGUAUUAUGGGAUUGCUACCUGUAUAAACAAUGGCACUGUGAACAGAAUACUGUUAGUUUUAAUACAAGAGAAUGCAUUUGUAAAUAUGGUAUAGAGUUUAUUAAUAUACUAUUGUUUGCAGAUAAAGGCCUUAACUUUAAAUAUCUUUCAUCUUCUGAAAGCUGCCCGACUUAAAUCCUCACAGAUGUCCUUCCGAACUGCCUUCCCAUGUCCAUCUUUAUGCUUUCCAGCUAAGGUCACAAACCAAAACUGAAUAAAGUCUUCGAGGAAAUAUUUUGGAAACUUCACAUGCAUUCCGCUUGAGACCAUACUGUUUAAUCGAUGGCAGCAAGCAUCGUUUCCUCAGAUUAAUGAGAUCCUCCAGCAAACCUGAAGUCACUUUUCAACGCAGCGAUGUUGCACAUUCUGUUUUCAACAAACCAGCUGAUAAGCUUGUGUUUAUGUGACUCUUGUCAUGGAACAUGGUGGUGUGUCAACCUCGCAGGAGACAUAGCAGGUCUCACAAACCUUCUAUGACCCUGUCGUCGAACCAUCAGGGAAUUCCCUGCUCCCCUACCACAAUUUUCAUCUGUUAUGGCUACAGUACCAAAGCACCUUUGGUUAACGGUUGGCGUGCAUUUCUUUGGUGUUAAUAGUACUGGAUUUUUCUUUUUCCUUAAUUUUGUGCAAAUAACUACCCAACUGUUUAGCUCAAGUUAACAUUAUUUAAGAAACUAUAUUUGAGUUUUCUGACAGAAUUUACCUUCCUGGUAGGUCAUUGUGCUUAAUUAUGGCUCUCGUUAGCAGAGUCACCUUGGAUUUGGGUGGCACUUUUUUCUGCAGACACUUGGCCAUAGAAUCAGUUUGUUACAGCAUUCUUCUCUAGUCGGCUAAACUGUGUGCGUUGAACCUUUCCUUUACAAAUUCUAGCACAAUUAAUGUUAGAUGAAAAUUGGCAAUGCCCCUUUCUUUUAACCUUACAGUAGUGGAAGAAUGAUGAUAUGAUCAUUUCUGCCACUAUCAAGCUAUUUCGCAAGCUGAUAGAAUGACAGCUAAUUUUCAUUUCCUAAGUGUAACUGUUUUGGGUUUGUUUUUUUUUUUCCUAACACAAAUGAUAUCUUAGAAACUUGACUGGAUUGUAAUACGUUCCUACAGAGAGACAGAGGCUUGCAGAGCUAAGGUUUAGGGGAAAUUUUGGAAAGUUGGUUAUAUUUGCUGUAAAGUUGAAGAGAUUGUCAGAUGGUACUAAAGAAAGUGUGAAAACCUCAUGAAAUGGGUGGAUGAUAAGUUGAAAUUGUUGGUAGGGGUAAGAAGGGAAGUUGUGAAAACACUAACUUUUUUUUUCUGUAAUAACUAUGAACUGACAUGAUUCUUUAUUGCUUUAAUACUCUGAAGCUCUCAGCUUGGUAGGGCCCCAAAAGAGGAUAUGCUGAAUGUAUUCCUGCUUCCAAACCUCACUUAUUUUGGUUUGGCGAUAUAGAGAGGGCCUCUAAGUAGUCUAUUUUUAAUGUACAUGAGAUCAAAUCAAGGAAAGCAAUUACUGGGGAUGAUACAGUAGAAAUAAGAAAUAAACUGCUAUUUUAGCUCUACCUUGACUUUAGAAAAUGGACUGUUUAAAUUAUAUUUAUAUUGUAACUUAAAUAAAUAAUAUUGGGGGCAUUUUUAGUAGUUCCAAGUUUAUAGGAUAAAAGCGUUUAUUACAAUUAGGUCUUAAAGAAGAACUCGCAGAUAAAACUACCAAAUAAUCAAUGGUUAAGCCUAUGAAGCAGCUACUAGUACAAUAAAAAUCUGAAGUAAAACGAGACAUGAUGCGUAAACUAGAUGCAUUUGUGUCUUCCUUUCAACCAUCUGAAGAUUUCUUGAGUUCCUCAUUUUUUGGCAAAAAAUAAAAAAGAGAGAAUGUGAAAACUUUUUUUUUCUUGCCUACUACUAGUGGGUCUCUUGCAAUAUUUCAAUAGGAGUCCAGUUACUAGUUAAGACACAACUGGUGAGUCAUCCAUGGACUUUACCUUCCCAUUCUUCUUCUCCUAGUCUGUGGACCAUCAAUAGCUGAUUUAUUGAGUUUAAAUCUUUCAUUGCUUGUGAAGAAAGGAGUCAAAGGGCUAUUUUUAGUAAGCAAAGUUAAAAUCAAAUUAAGAAAGAGAGACAAAAAUCACUGCCAGGCCUGAUAAGCAAAGCGUGCUUUUCCUUUUAACAGCAUCCGUGAAUAGUGGAAACCUUGUUCAUGAAACCCUGACCUACCCAUAACUCCCCGCUAGGCUGAGUAAAACUCUGGCUCUGUUUCUACCUGCUUACGGCUUCCCAUAAAGGGACUUGGAGUGUGUCUUGCAACAGUCUCCAGAUUGCGCUUCCUAAAAAACAGUCUUGUUUUGUCACUUUUUCUCAUGUAGAAUCAGAUCUGUUCACUGAUUUGAAAAUUGGUUAUGAGCUUGUAUCUCACUGUAUUUCUUAUGCUUUGUUCUUUUAAGCAAAUCCUUAAAAUUGUGUUGUUUUGUGUACACGUGUGAGGUUUGGGGAAAAAAAAAAAAACACCUUGUGAGUUUUUGCUCAAAACGUGGCCUAAAUAUCCAUUGGCAUGUUUAGAUAAACAAGUAAAAUAAAGAUAAUUUCUUAAAAAUAUAA